AUGACAGUAUAUCAACCUGUUACUGGGGAAGAGUACGGAGACAUUCAAAGCGAACUCGAUGAUCGUCCAAAAAGUCCCGAUUUUUUGCUUUGCACGACAUGCGGAUUUAACGCUUCUUAUUGGAUCCAUAAUAGUUACUCAGUUGGCGAAAAAUACAUUCUGAAAGAAACUCCUCUCAAUACGAUCAGAUGGCAUCCUGAACACCAAUGCCCCGAUGCCUCAAUCACCCUGUUCCUGAGCGAGAACUCUACAAUCCCUGUAGCAAAGGAAAUGCAUUAUUGGAGGGACAGUGACAGCCAUUUCUUUUUCAUGGCCAGAGUCGAAGGUGAAACCCUUCACAAAGUUUGGAAAAAACUCUGUCCGGAUCAGUUUAAAAGCGUCGCUGCUGAAGUCGCGGAUUAUCUUGUAGAAUUACGUCAAUUUACGUCUGACAAGCCCCAAACUCCAGAUGGUUUGGAUUUAGGAAAAGGAUAUUCUGUGAAGCCUGGAGAAACCUUUGUACUUACGCAUGGGGAUUUAACCUCAGGUAAUAUCAUUAUAAAUGAUGGACAUGUUGCCGCAAUCAUCGAUUGGGAACAUGGGGGCUAUCUUCCGGAAUCGUAUGAAUGGAAGCAAUUGACAUCAGAUACAGACAAUUAUCAUUGGCAACGACAUCUGCUCCAUGAGAUGGAAAAGAGAAAUAUCGGUCCUUUCGAAAGAAAAGAUUGUGAAAAUUUCGGAUGGUUUCACAGCAGCGAGGGUGACUACAGAUCCCAUAAUAGUGAACCAUUUUUCGACCAAAGUAUUAUGUUGAAAUGCACAAAUUUUCGCAACUAUAUCUUCGAUGGUGAAUCUCACUUAUCUGAGAUUUCGGAACGGAACAGAAAAAGACGACUAUUAGCUGAGAGAAAUGAAAACUCCAUCGCAGCCGAGAAAAGGACAGAGGAAAUCGAGUUUAAGUUAAAGGUAGCCGAGCGUAAGAUUGAGCUAUAUACAGAAUUUUCAGAAAAGUGCAGACCAGUCAUGGAGGCGUUCUGGACGCUCAGCUUGAGCGAAAGAGAAGAGUUCAAGAACAAAGCUAAGCCAAAGCCAGAGCAGCCAGAGUGGCAGUCGUAA